AGGAAGAGAGGAGGUGUAGAUUUGGUAGCGCACACCAAAAAAAAAAAAAGUCUGCUCUCUUACUUUCCCCGAAGAGGUGGGACAGGUGUUUGUCAGACCCAGAGGGCUGAAGAAAUAGCAUUUUGAUCGUGUUUAGAUCUUAACACUCCAGAAAAUCCAAAAAUGUUAUGAAAGAGACAAAGAUGGAGCUUGACGAGACGGAGACCAAUUCCUGGUCUCCCGUAACAAGAGACAGACUCCUGACAUGUGCCAACCUUUCUGAUUUCGCAGGGAAGAAAAGGAAACAGGACCCAAGCAGCGAUGCUGAAUUUUCAGCUCGAUCCUCAGAAGACUAUGAUGAUGAUGACUUUCCCAUCGAUCCCCCGCUUGACAACGAGGGACCUUCUCACAAGAGGGUUAAACCAGUGGACAGAAGUAGUGGAGUUACGGGUAUUAUAGCUCCAGUGAAAACCCCUGCACUGAAACGGUUGGGACAGUCCAUCCAGCGGUCCAUCAGCUUCCGUACAGAAGCAAGGCCGAUGCCACCGAUGGCGAUUCGAAAUCGUCAGAAAGCUUCUUCUUUUCCACGACGACGCAGCAGCCAGCUGUGGAGUGACACUGUGGACAGCCUGAGCCAGGAUCUUAGUGCCAAAGAGAUUAAGAGACAAGAGGUGAUCUAUGAAAUGACACAAGGAGAGAAGCAGUUAAUAGAAGACCUCAAUUUGGUUAAAAAGGUUUACUAUGAGCCAAUGCUGAAACUGGACAUCAUGACAGAAAGUGAACUGGGGCAGAUUUUUGGGACUCUCGAUUCUCUGAUUCCUCUCCAUGAAGAGUUUUUGGCUCGUCUGGAAGGGCUACGAGGGUCGGAGAAGACGGUGGGAGAGGUUGGGCCGACCCUGCUGGACUGGUUCCCAUGCCUGGAUGCCUAUAUCACUUACUGCUGUAACCAAGUAGGUGCCAAAGCUCUGCUAGACCAAAAAAAGCAGGUACGGCGUGUUGAGGAGUUCCUCCGCUUGUGCCAAGAGUCAUCCUUCAGCAGGAAGUUGGACUUGUGGAACUUCUUGGAUCUGCCACGUAGUCGCCUUGUGAAGUAUCCACUACUUCUGAAAGAGAUCCAGAAGAGUACGCCACAUGAUCACCCUGAUGAGGACACGCUGCCUCAGGCCAUGGAGCUUAUCCAGAGCAUCAUUACCGAAGUUAACCGCAAGACCGGCGAAGCUGAGUGUCAGUUUUACAAACGAAGUCUGUGUUACCCAGAGGAGGGUCAAAGAGUUCCAGAGAUUCAUGCCUCACGCUUUCUCUACUGCCAUGGAGAACUCAAGAGCACCAAAGGACAGAAGCUGCACGUCUUCUUGUUCGAGCUGGUGCUGGUUUUGACUCGCCCAGUCAUGCAGGACAAGGAAGGCAUGGUACAGUUCCAGGUUUACCGUCAGCCCUUACCUGCUGCCCAAAUUCUCCUGGAGGACCUGCCUGAUGGAGAGGCCAGCAGUUCUGGAUCCUUCCGUGGAGCCUUCACUGGCAACGACAAAGUGAAGAACUGCUUCCGUGUGAGCAGCAGGGGGCGCUCAAAGGCUCAGUCCCAUAGCCUGCAGGCCAACGACUCCUUCAACAAGCAGCAGUGGAUUUCCUGCCUUCGCCAAGCCAUCAUCCAAUCACGAGACAGAGAUGCUCAGGCCAGCCAAUCCAAGCCACCCCUAGACCUUGAGCCCCCACUUGAACACAUCGCUGAACUCAGCCUGAAUUCUGAUGUGGAGAUGAUAGACACAUAGGUCAGGGGUGACAUCACUUUACAAGGAACAUGCUAAAGUCCCUGGUCAUUACAGUUGCACACACCUUUCAUUCAAGGAACUGAUGAAGUUUACAAACUUUCUUAAUAUCAAACCAAAGGGUAUUUAUAUGACUGGUUCUGAUCUUCAAGGCACAAUGCUGUGUUCCUCUGAUCCAACCCUGCUGUUUGGAGAAUGUGUAAAGUGAUUUCCAGUUAAACCCUGAGCUCAUUCCUGGGUUCUAUGUAGCUUGUAGACUUUUCAUUAAAUCUCACAAACAGUAAUUUGAAUAGUAUGAUAAUGAUAUAUAAAUAAUGCAUUAUGCAUGUAGUGACUGCUUGUGAUAGCAUCUGAUGUUGAAUGUGAAUUCCAUUACAGAAAUAAUAAAACAAGACAUUUUUAUUAUAACUGUUAUUUUAUUUUAUAUUUUAUAUAACUGGACUCCUCUCUGUUAAACUGACAGUUUUCAUGUGAUGUUGGUUUUCAACUAAUACAGUGUGGCAGAGAUGGUGCUAUUCACUAACUUUUGUUGAUUGUAAACUACAUACAUGAAAAAGUGUAAGUGCUAUAAUAAAAAGAAAUGUAACUUAUAGCAGCAAGGUAGGGGUUUCAAAAUAAUGUCAAUGUCCAGAAUAAUGUCAAUGUCCAUCAUUUAUAAUUGCAAAUGUUGAAAUAUUAGCAAUGAAUGUUAUGUUUAUGCUGUGUAUAUCAUUACCUUCAUACUGUAACUGCCCUUUAAUACUUUUUUUUUUAUUUUUGAAAUCUGUAUUGUAUCACA